AUGACUGAAAACCGUCGCACGUCAGCCGUCUCGUCGCCCAAGAUCCCCCCGGCGCCGCCAUUGCCACUGCCCAAGCAAAAGUCACGCUCCUACUUUGAGCGUUUUGUUGCGCAGCCCUUGACCACGGCCUAUGGAUCCCGCCCACCCAGCGUGCAUCAACAUGGCUACGAGGGCGGUCCUCCGAACCCUCUAGUGCCGAAACUUGCCGGCAUCCGCACGGGCUACUCCCAAGAUGCAAGCCAUAAGACAGGCCUCGACAUCUCUGCCCUCGACAUCAACCGUGAACGCACCCAUGCCGUCCUCGCUGGCAAGGAGAUCCUGAAAACUGUCCGCGUCCAGGAUGCCAAGAUCGUCGACGAGACCAACCUGCGGGCUGCAGUCCUUAAUUAUGCCGAUUCUCAUGCCCGACAGCGCGAGGGCUUGGGCAUACACGACGUAAAGUGGUCCCAUGGCCAGUUCAGCUCCCACAUCGCCACUGCCGCUGCAAAUGGCAAAGUCAUACUGUACGACCUGAACCGCGCAAGCGUCGAGCUCACCAGGCUGCACGAGCAUACGCGUCAGGUACACAAACUGGCCUUCAACCCCCACCAGGGCCAUCUGCUGCUGUCUGCUAGCCAUGACAACACGGUCCGUCUGUGGGACUUGCGCGACAUGCGUAGGGAUGUUACUGUCUGCCGCAGUCGAGAUCAUUACGCUGGCAUGAAUGGCGGUAUCCGUGACGUCCAGUGGUCGCCUACCGAUGCCGUAGAGUUUGCUUUCGGCACGGACAACGGAACCAUACAGCGAUGGGAUUUCCGCUAUAACAAGGGGCCCAAGCAGAAGAUUACAGCUCACGACCAGCGCAUCUGCACCUCCAUCGACUGGCACCCAGACGGUAAGCACCUGCUCAGUGCUGGCGUGGAUCGAACCGUCAAGGUCUGGGACUUCUCCGUCACUGGACGCCGCCAGAAAGCUGCGUCCACCAAAUCGUUUAGCAGUACCCCGCCAUCUGACAUUGCCCCCAAAGUCAUGUUCCUCAGUGACUCCAUGGUCGCACAUAGCGAGUCAUUCAGGCCGAACCAGGUCGCCAUACGAGGCAUACUGCCAGGUGCGGCCAAUCCUCAGAUCUUCGAGUAUCUUGCACAGAAAUACAAGACCAUACCUCUUUCGGACCCACCCGACUUGGACUCUUUUCUUCGACUAGAGAGGGCGUUUGAGCAAAACGCCGAAUACGCGCAGCGCGCAGCCUUCUAUAGGCUUGCGCAAACAUGGAGGGUCGUUGGUGCGUCCAUUACCAUGGCGACACGACGCCGAGCAGAGUUACACAGACAACAAAGAAGGUUGCGACCGCAGAACACCGCGCUACCGUCCGGACAGACACACCAAGCAACAUCCGCGCACAUGGAGGCACAUGACAAGCGCAUGGCGAUCCCUCCAAAUCCUGCAGUGCGUGCCAUCUUGAGCACGCUAGAGAAGCCAACAUCACCAUCCCGAUCGCCCAGCGUGCGAGAGAGCACUUCUAAUAUUGCGACCCCUCUUGCUCGUCCAGUCAUCACCCAAACCGUCGAUAAUGCUGAAAGGCCAGGCCUGCUCGAUAUUGAUCAGGCGGACAUUGAUCAGCUUCCACCCGCUGUUACUGGACCGCCUGUCGAUGCAAGUAGGACGCUCGCGCCGCCAAGGACGUUCAGUGGACCACAAUGGUAUCACUCGGGAGACGACAUCGAUGAACGACGUGCCUUGGUCGGCAGCUAUCGUGCAUCCCCACGGAUCCCACUGAGCCUCGCACCGAGCGGCACACAAGCCGGACGCACCAUCGAGCCUCAUCCACUGGAGCGACACGACUCUGGUGAAAGCUUUACAAUGUUCUCUGCGUCAUCGGACUCUCAAAAGGGUAAUUCUGUGCCGAGCUCGUUCGCGAGUACCAACUCACAACUAGGCCCUGGGCAUUCUCUAUCGGAAGAUUGGCAGUCUGUCCAGGAACAAUCUAGCUUUGGGAAACCGAGAAACGCUGGAGAUCAAGAGCUGAGCAAAAGCAUCUCGAUAUCUCCAACGACCAUGCCCGUCGGCAAGAGCUUUCCUCGUGCAGACCAAGGGUACACACAGAAAGUGGCCCGCAGUGCUUCGAACAAUGCGGAUGAAUUUGGCAGUGGAGAGAAAGCUGUUCGGGAUAUGGAACAUUUACGGCGGAACAACCAAUUACUCCGUCAUGAUAGCUCUGAUUCUGAAGCGCUCACAAGCAUCUCGUCGUCAUCCUACGAAUUCAGCACUGAGAUGGAAGCCAGUGGGACUAUUGUACCCGACGUGUUUGAGGAUGUGAGGUCGCCUCAUGUUCUCAAGCCACCAGCGUCCCUGCCACAUGCCUCCGGAAGUGCGCCUCCUGUACUUGAUCCAACAGUAGAAGAAGGAUUGUUGCUGUCAGACUUUGAAGCUGUGCAUAUCGACGCCGAGGCCGGCUGUCCCUACUCCGUCAUUGGGCUGCUGAAUCAUCUCCUAGAGUACCACACCGAAGCGUCGGAUGCACAGUUUGCCUCAGUCCUCAUUCUGCUUUUAGCCCCGCUGUUGCCACAGACUCAUGGCCCUUCUGAUACUCCAGAUCACUAG